AUGUCGACAAAGCCCGUUAUCUUCUUCGCCGGCGGGGCCUGGCACUCGCCGGAGCACUUCCGGGACAUUCGCGACGAGCUGCACCGGAGGGGCUACGAGACGGACGCCAUGGCGUACCCGUCCGUCGGCGCGGAGCCCCCAACUAAGGGCAUGCACGACGACGCGGCGGCCGUGCGGACCGUGCUGGAGGAGCUCGCGGGCCGCGGCAGGCGCAUCGUGCUCGUCGCGCACUCCUAUGGUGGCUUCGUCGGCGCGGAGGCGGCCAGAGGCUUGGGGUUCGAGCAGCGAGCCCAUGAGGGCAAGGCCGGCGGGAUUGUAGUGUUUGCGUACCUGGCCGCCUUCGUCGGGCAGAAGGGGCAGUCCAUGCUAGGCUUGACGGGCGAUGUAUACCCCCCGUGGACGAAAGUAGAGGACGGCCGCAUCCACGUGGUGGCGCCCACGGAAGCCUUCUACGGAGACGUGGCCCCCGAAGCGAGGGAGAGGGCGAUCGGGCUCCUGCGGCACCAGACGAUCGUGUCGUUUGAGCAGGCGCUGACGUACGAGCCGUGGCGCGACAUGCCGUGUAUGUAUGUCGGCUGCGAGGACGACGGGGCGGUGCCGUUCUUCAUGCAGGAGCAGAUGCAGCAGCUGCUGGGGCCCACGGCGGUCAAGCUGCGGAUGAAAGCCUCGCACUCGCCGUUCCUUUCGCGAAUCGCCGAGACGGCGGAUUGGAUCGAGACGGCGGCGGGGACGGGGCAGGAGGCCGUCGGGGCGUAG